GUCCAGUUGACUAGCCCAGGGCAUAUAAAGUCCCAUCCAUCUUCAUGGUUUUAGACAAAUCUACUAUCAGUAUAAAUCUAUGACAAAAUGAACAACAUGAGUGUGACUUACAAAAUCUUCCGUGGCACACCUGAGGGUAGAAUCUUUGCUGAAACUACUCAGGCCCUGGGACACAACCAGGUUUUCAUCGAAACGCUCCUAUCUGGCCUCUGCGGAACUGAUCAACAUCAUCUCAGGUCUGGCCAGGUUCUUGGACACGAAGGUGUUGGUAUUGUGAAGUCUCUCGGCCCUGAAAGUCACCACUGUUAGAGUGGGAGACCGCGUGGGUUUUGCAUAUAUCCAUGCGAUUUGUGCAAGAUGUGAUCACUGCACCACCGGUAAUGACGCCGGAGCCCUGUAUCUCUAUCCUCAAACUUCUAACCCACACCACAGGAAGGGACCAAUACUGCCGAAGCAGGAAAACCUAUGGCUUCCAUCACUUUGAUAACGGUUGUUUCAGACAUGGCGCCGUUUGGGAUGCGAAUUGUGUUUAUCCAAUUCCAGAUGAACUGGAUUCUGUCUCUGCUGCGCCACUUAUGUGCGCCGGUGCCACGGUGUGGAGUGUCCUAACUAGAUUUAGGAUUUGUCCCAAUGACCGGGUUGGUGUCAUGGGUAAAGGUGGUCUUGGACAUUUAGCCAUCAAACUUGCUGCUGCAAUGGGCUGUGAAGUCGUUACACUUUCUGGUUCUGAAUCUAAGAGACAAGAGGCUAUCGAGUUCGGCGCCUCUGAAUAUCACGUAUUUAGUUCUGGAAGCCCACCUUCCAAGGAUUUCAAACCACUGAAGCAUCUGUUACUAUGCGGAAAUGUGGAUGUUGAUUAUUCUUCUCUACUUCCUCUGAUAGAUUCCUGCGGCAGUGUCUACCCCUUGACCGCCACCUUUGAGCCGUCUGGCAUUCCUACGUUGCAGUUCGCUUUCAAGGGUAUCCGGAUUCAGGGCUCGCAUGUAGCAUCUCGUGAUGAUAUUCGAAGUCUUCUAGAAUUUGCAGUCCAGAAGAAGAUUGUUCCAAAUGUGAUCACAUUUCCCUUGACUAUUGACGGGAUUGAGGGAGCGAUGCAGACUCUGCGAGAUGGCAACAUGAGAUAUAGGGGGGUGCUUGUUCGGAAGGGUCUAGAAGUGUAACUAUAUUGGUGAAAAGAAAUAUAUCAGUUGGAAGCUAGGAAGGGUCCUAUCUUGAUCAAGAGCUGUGCCACAGACACAUUACACAUCACUGAAACCUAGUUAUACAAUUUUCUUUGCGUUUUGUUUCUUGGUUUUCUUGGUUUUUUGUUUCUUGGUACUCGUUUGACAUCGUCUGACCAUACUGUCUAUCAUUCGCUCCUGGCUGGAGCAGGUAAAAAGACCGCGUAUGUAUUCUUGUCUUAUUAGGCUCAUUUCAGCCCUAUUCUUUGAAACCCUGAGCAAGCAACUUGGAAGUUACUGGAUCUUACCGGGAUCCUUAUGCUGCGGGGUAAUAGAGUAUAUUCAUAACGUAAUCGUUCCUAUCGAUUUCCGAUCUUUAUAUGAUUGACAAUCGGCUUCUUCCCGUUGAUUGAUGCCGGGCACGUGCCAGGCACUAACCCCGCCUGAAGUUUGCGUGAUGCAACGAUCCAAUCAGCGGUCUCCCUAGCCCUAGAAGCAG